AUGUCGAGCCGCAAGCACAGCGGCACCUCCAGCAGCGGCGCCACGUCCGCCGCCGCCGCCGCCGCCGGCCGUGCAGCGGCGCCCGCGCACGCCGGCGGCGCCCUGCCGUCGUUCUAUGCCAACGGCGGCACGGCGCCGGGCGCGCUCAAGGGCGGCAGAGGGCCCAACCGCACUUCAAAGGCAUCGGGCAAGCUCAAGAUUCUUCCUUCCGAGCCUGCCUCCGAUGCCGCUCGUCCUUCAAAGUCGCUCAUCCCGACGACGCGCUCCGCCGACGACUCCUCCACCGACGACGACGCGCCGUCGGCGAUUCGGCGCGCCAGCGUGGGAGGCGCAGAGGAGGAGGAGGAGGAGGAGGAGGCAGUGUAUCAUUCGGAACGCGCGUCAAAGACGCUGGCGCAGAUCCCCGAGGGCAGCAUGAGGAGAGAUGCGCGCCGCCUGACGCGAAAGGCGAGGGGCAACUUGCCGAGAGUGACGGCUUAUAGUACGGCUACCUCCUACCGCAUGCGCGACCUGACGCGCUGGCUGGCGGCCAGGCGCGACUCGCACCGCACCAACCCCAUGACGUUCGACGAGUGUGUGUACACGACGUACACGUACGACGAGUGGGACGAGGCACAUGGCGUGGCGCCCGCGAGAAGUGUGGGCAGCGGCCCGCCGCCGCCGAGGAACAACGCGACGAACAACGCGGCAGGAGCAGCGCAGGGAGGCCAGCAGCAGCAGCAGCAGCAGCAGCAGCAGCAGCAGCAGCAGCAGCAGCAGCAGCAGCAGCAAUAUGCAAGGACGGGAGAUCUGUUGGGCAUUCCAGAGCUGGCGAAUGAGGGCGAGGAAGAGGAAGAAGGCGCGGCAAAUCACGCCGCCACCGCCGCCGCCGCCGUCAGCGGCAGUGGUGGCGAGACCAACGGCGGCAGCAGUACGACGCUCGUCGAGUCCGAGUCCGAGGCCGAGGCUCGCGGCGGUCGCGCAGAGGCAGAAGAUGCGCAGCACGACGCGAAGGCAAGGAAAGACGCGCAGGCGCAGACGGCGACGGCGGCGGCGGCGGCGGCAAGACUGCAACAAGAGCGCGAGCGCGGCGAGAGGCGGGAACGCCGGCGCAAUCGCUUCAGCGUGGCGGGCGCCACGCCAGAGGUGUUUUUCAUGGAGUACGGCACCGUCGUCAUCUGGGGCAUGACGCUGGCGCAGGAGAAGCGCCUCUUGCGCGAACUGCGGCGCUUUGAAGUGGAGCGUCUGGCGCCCGAAGACAUCGAGUCUGAAGAUCUCAACUGGUAUCUCGCCGACUAUUCUCGCAUCUACAACGAUGUCAUUACGCUGCGAAGAGGAUCCAGCUACAUGACCAAGCUCUCCCUCUCGCACGCCCUCGCACAAAGCACAAAGAUCAGCUUCUUCGAGGGCGUCAUUGACAAUACCAUCGACGCGACAAAGGACAUUCCGCAAAGCAUUGCAGAGAGCGGCAAGAUUGGCAUGCCGCCGGCGGAGAUCAUGAAGCAGAUCGGCCAUCUCUUCAUUCUGCGCAUGAACAUCCACCUCGUCGGCUCCAUCGUCGAUUCGCCCGAGAUCUUCUGGGCGCAACCUGAUCUCGAGCCGCUCUACUCUGCCGCGCGCAGCUACCUCGAGAUUCCGCAGCGCAUCGACCUGCUCAAUGCGCGCGUCGAGGUGCUGCAGGACAUGCUGCAGCUGCUCAAGGACCAAGUCACGAGCUCGCACAGCGAGUGGCUCGAGAUUGUCGUCAUUGGCCUCAUUCUACUCGAGAUCAUCCUCGGCAUAGCGACCAUGUUCGUCGACCUGUACUUUGCCUAG